AUGGAGGCGGCCGCUGCUGGGGCGCCGCCGGCCGGUGCUGCUGAUGCUGCGGCUGCCACUGCGCUCGGGGCUGAGGCGCCGCCCGGAGCCGAGACACCAUCUGGGGCCGCCGCCUCUCCGCGCCGGCUGCUGGCGCUGCUCGGGGCCAAGCUCUGUACCUGGCAUAUUUUGAAAACAAUAAUUCUGGGACAGAUACUCUCCUUGUUUAUCUGUGGGACUGCUGUUACAAGCCAGUACCUAGCAGAAAAAUACCAAGUGAAUACUCCAAUGUUUCAAAGUUUUAUCAACUAUUCUUUACUUCUUCUAGUUUAUACAACAACGCUGGCAUUUAGGACUGGCAGUGACAGUCUUUGGCAAAUUUUGAAACAGAGGUGGUGGAAGUAUAUUUUUUUGGGACUUGCUGAUGUUGAAGCCAACUAUAUGAUAGUAAAAGCCUACCAAUACACAACCCUCACAAGUGUUCAGCUGCUGGACUGUUUUGGGAUUCCUGUGCUGAUGGCUUUGUCGUGGUUCAUUCUCCGUGCAAGAUACAGGCUGAUCCAUUUCCUUGCUGUUGCCAUCUGUUUGCUGGGUGUAGGAACAAUGGUGGGUGCAGACAUUUUGGCAGGGAGGCAAGAGAGUGAAGGUAGUGACAUGGUGAUUGGAGAUGUCUUAGUGCUUCUUGGUGCUUCUUUGUAUGCCAUUUCUAAUGUGAGUGAGGAAUACAUUGUGAAAAAUCUGAGCAGAGUGGAGUUUCUAGGAAUGGUGGGCUUGUUUGGGACUAUUAUCAGCGGUCUACAGCUGGCCAUUGUGGAACAUAGAGAGAUAAUGAGAAUUCCAUGGGACUGGAAAAUUGGGCUGCUGUUCACAGUCUUCGCCCUGUGUAUGUUUGGGCUGUAUAGCUUCAUGCCAGUAGUGAUUGAAGUUACCAGUGCGACCUCGGCCAACCUGGGUAUUCUGACUGCGGAUCUCUACAGUCUGUUCUUUGGGCUUUUCCUCUUUUUCUAUAGUUUUUCAGGUCUUUAUAUCCUGUCCUUCGUUAUCAUCAUGGUGGGUUUCAUCUUGUAUUGCUCCACUCCCACUUGGACAGCAGAACCCACUGCCUUGCCACAGCCCAGCAGCACUGGCUUGGACAACGCAGCACUAAAGCUUGAGGAGAACGACAGCGAAACUCCAGGCGUAACUGUACAGUUUGCAAGAGGAGAAACUGUGGUGGUCAGCACUGAUUAA